CUUGUCUUGACUGUUGACAUUAGAAUUUGACAUCUUACGGUGUUUUCACGAAAUCAAGUCAAUAAAAAUAAAUUAUCAAGUUUUUGCACCUUGCCGGCGACCGGUGUACUUUGCUGAGAAUAGAAAAUCAUUUAAAAAUGGCUGCACGUAGUAUUUUAAAAUUGGGAGCUUUGGAGGCGCAAAGAACAGCAUUUUUACUGUGCGAUAUACAAGAAACGUUUCGUCCUCAUGUAAAACAUUUCGGAGAAGUGGUCAAAGUUGCAAAUAAAAUGUUAGAAGCAGCUAAACUAUUCCAAAUACCAGUGUACAUCUCUGAGCAGUAUCCAAAAGGUUUGGGGCACACCACAAAAGAUAUCAAAGUGGAGGAUGCAGCAAUGGUCUAUGAGAAGACCCAGUUUUCAAUGUACACCCCACAACUGCAAGAAAGGCUGAAGAAGGACAUACCUAACUUGGGUUCUGUUGUGCUGUUCGGGAUUGAGGCACAUGUUUGCAUUGAACAAACCGUGAUAGAUUUACUGAAUGAGGAUAUUGCUGUCCAUGUGCUGGCUGAUGGUGUUUCUUCAAGAUCACUCAUGGACCGAGGACUGGCACUACAGCGGUUGCAAAAUAUCGGAUGUUUUGUGGGUACUUCAGAGAAUGUGUUGUUCAAGAUAAUGAAGGACAAAAACCAUCCGGCAUUCAAACAGAUAUCUCGAAUGAAUAUUGUCCCUACACCUGAUGAAUUUGGUGCUAGCAGCCUAAAGAGUCAGUCGGCUUUAAGUUCUGCGCAGAAAGACCUAGCAUAAUAAAUAGGUGCUAUUCAUUUGAUUACUCUUGUGGGAGCACUGAUUAUUGGAAAACAAUAUCGAUGGUUAAAAGGCUAAUUGAAUUAGCGAAGUUUUUUAGAAAAAUUUAACUAGGUAAAAACAUAGAAAAACUACUGAUUUUAAAUAGAUAUGAAACUUAGUGUCAAAAAAAUGCUGCUUUAGUCAAUAAGCCUUUGACCCGUCGAUAUACAGUCUUUGAUUAUAAUGUAUAUUUUUUGCGUGUAAAUAUUGAAAUCCAACAUAAAAGGAAUAAGGGUACUGUUAAAGAUUCUAUAUUUCUUUAAAAUGAAGUAGUGAAAAAUACUGUUCAUGUUUUUCUAAAAACAUACCAUCAUCUUUACGUGUAAAUAUAUUUAAUGGGAAUAAAAUUAAUUAUAGAUAAAGAAUGCAA